UAAAUUUAUAAUAUAUUAUAACUAUGGCAAUAAAACCAUCAACGUCAACUUGUUCUGACAGCUAGCGUCCUCCAUUUUUAUAUAGAUUUGGUCAGUUCUCUUUUCCGGUUUACCUGUGGAGUACGCGAGACGUCUGCCACAGGCACGCCAAGAUGGGCGCUUACAGAUAUAUUCAAGAGUUGUAUCGUAAAAAGCUGAGCGAUGUUAUGCGUUUUCUCUUGCGUAUCAGAGUUUGGCAAUACCGCCAGUUGACUCGCAUGCACCGCGCUCCUAGGCCUACUAGGCCCGACAAAGCCAGAAGAUUGGGAUACCGCGCUAAGCAAGGUUUCGUCAUCUUCAGAAUUCGCGUUCGCCGUGGUGGCCGUAAGCGCCCAGUCGCUAAGGGAGCCACCUACGGCAAACCCAAGAGCCACGGUGUCAACCAAUUGAAACCAACCCGUAACCUACAGUCUAUUGCUGAGGAGCGUGUCGGCCGUCGCUGUGGAGGUCUUCGCGUACUUAACUCAUAUUGGGUAGCACAAGAUUCCUCAUACAAAUACUAUGAAGUCAUCCUCGUUGAUCCUUCACACAAGGCUAUACGCCGUGAUCCCAAGAUCAACUGGAUCGUGAACGCGGUUCACAAGCAUCGUGAAAUGCGUGGUCUCACUUCCGCUGGAAAGAGCUCACGUGGUCUCGGCAAGGGUCAUCGUUACUCUCAAACCAAGGGAGGUUCACGCCGCGCGGCCUGGAUCAGACGCAACACAUUGCAACUGCGUCGCAAGCGAUAAACAAACACACAUUGUGGCUGUUGACUUGCUAUUUGAUUAUAUUUGUAUCAUCGAAUGGCAAGUCAAUGGUGUAAUAAAUAUAAUUAAAAAAAAAUCGCAUUUUCUUUAUCAGCAUCUCCUAAUGUUGUAUCCAAACUAAGAGGAUGAUAUUGUAAGUAUUCAUAAAGCAAUUAGUUAUUUUAUCUUAAGUAUGUAGUAUUAAAGUGUAUUUAUAUUCACAGAUUUUCAACACUGAGCUGCGAGGCUUCAUUAAAGGUGAAUAUGAAGUUUUUGAUGUAUGAUAAUAAUAGUUUUUUUCCUCAAUCAAUGAUGAUACAAUGCGUUAUGACUGCGCAACCAUGAUUACCACGCAUUUUGUAACUUCCUUGGAUGGCUGAUUUUAAAUUUAAUACAAACAAAAAACUUACUUUGAAAUAUUACACACUUAAUCUUUAUUUUUAUUAUUUUCAGAUUUAAGUUUGGUGUUUCGAGGAUAUGCAUUGAAAAGGUAAUUUCCUGAAUUUACUAAUUAAUAUUUAAAAUAAUGGCUAUUUGUUCCAAAUUCACAUCAACAUUCCUGUUAAUGCUAUGUUAAUUCGAAACUGAAUUUGGAUAGAUUAAUUCCCGUCUAGGUGAGGCUAUUGUUACUCUCAUUUCCAAUAUUCCUCAAUCCGGCGAGAUACAAGAGUCUUAAAUUACUUUUCUACAUAUUUUCUAAUAACAUCAAUCUCAUACAAGUUUUCUUUUUUUGCAGGUUUCACAGCAUCUGCAGAAUAUUUCUUUUUCUUGUAAGCCAUAGUACUAAAUAAAGAUUAUUUAUUAAA